AUUACAGCUCAAAAGUUGUGUGGAAACAGCUAAGGGAGUGUACUAUGUACUACCUAUAUUAUAAUUUCUGAAACUAUUUCGCCGAACAAGGACAUAGUACCGUUAUGAGAUGCACUUUCCCCUGGCUAGGGACCAGCUAUAUGUUAAUUACUGCUCCGGAUCGAUUCAAAAAUUGUUUGGAGUUUGGAGAAUUACCCACAAUUUAAAUCAAACAUGGAUGGGAGAAACUCCACAGAAGAGCAGCCCCGGGAUGAGGAGGCUGAAGAAAUCACAAGCAACAGUGUGCCUGUGGAUGUAGAAGAACUCAUCCAAUCCAUGGGAAGUCAGCUGCAUGGAUUGCCGAAAUUAAACACCGAUUCGGCCUGUUGCAGCAUUUUCCGGGUAUCCCAGCUCAUCACCGAUUCCGAUGUCCAUGCUCAGUCGUAUCAACCUCGCACGGUCUCGAUCGGUCCAUUCCACCGCGGGAAACCGCGUCUGAAGGCGAUGGAGGAGCACAAGUGGAGGUUCUUGGCAAGAGCAAUUGCCAGGACGGGCGUGGGUUUGGAUCGCCUCAUAAAAGAGGUCAAGGUAUUAGAAAAACAGGCCAGAGCAUCGUAUUCUGAGGCUAUCCCUACUCCCAAAGACAAACGUAAUGAGUUCCUAGAGAUGUUGGUUCUUGAUGGGAUCUUUGUGAUUGAAAUACUUCGGGCAUUCAGCAACGUGGUUCCCUUUAACAAAGGCGACCUCUUGAGAUCAAUGCAAUGGAUGCGUUUCCGUCUCCGCGACGACUUUCUCUGCCUCGAGAACCAAAUACCAUAUAUCGUGCUCCAGAAAUUGUACCAACUUACUGAAAUGAAAGGCAGGGAAUGGUUGCCCAGAGGGAGCAUGCCUACUCUGUCCCAAACGGCCUUCCACUUAUUCAAAAUUUCUGAUGAAACCGGAAGAGACCCGGAAACAAUCUGCAAUGCUUUGGGUUGCGACUUUGAAGGGCUUCAUCUUCUUGAUUUAGUCCGGAAAAGUUAUUUACCGAAGCCGAAGCCAAAGGUUUCAGCUUCGGGAAACCGGCCGAGUGGAGCCGAAAAUGUGUCGCCAGUUUCGGGCAGUUCCGGGGAGACUCCCAAAGUAAUAAACAUCCCGAGCAUCUCGAAGCUGCGGCGAGCCGGAAUCGAGGUGAAGCUGAGGGAUAACCAAGAUACUAAGAGGAGUUUCCUGCCGGUGGAUUUCAAGCGGGGAGUGAUCUGGAUGCCGCUGCUAGAGCUGGAUGACACUAUGUGCGCGAUCUUGCUGAACUUCAUUGCGUUCGAGCAGUGCUACGAGGGGACAGACAGGCGCAUGUCGGAGUACGCCAAGUUUCUGGACUGCCUCAUAGACACGCACGAGGACGUGGAUCUGUUGUGCGAGGCCGAGAUCUUGCGCCACCACUUUGGGUCGCAGCGUGAGGUGGCGGAGUUUGUGAACCGCCUGGGGAUGGCGGCGGCGGUCGAUAACACCAAAAGCUAUUUGAGAGACGUGUACGUUGGAGUGGACGAGCACUACAAAAACAAAUUGAAGCGCUGCGAAUACAAAUUGCACGUUUACUUGGCCGAGGUCAGAGACACCCACUUCCGAUCUCCCUGGACCGCUCUGUCUCUGUUAGCGGCCCUUAUUCUCCUUGCUCUCACCGUGGCUCAAACCUUUUACACCAUCUAUCCUUAUUAUCACCCACACGAAGAGAAGCAUUCCAUAGCACCACCACCAAAACCAUAUCCUUAAUUAGUCCUUUUUUGAAAAUUAAUUUUUAUUUAUGCAUUUUAAAUAUGUUUUAGUUCAAUUUGGAGUAAUUUCUCAGAAACAAAAUACUCCCUCCGUUCCCCGUUAAUUAUCUCAUUUUUUCAUUUUUGCAUGUUACUCUAUUACUAGAUUUUCAUCCGUGUGAUGUGUGAUGCACAAAUAGAAAUUUUGUCCAAUUUACGCGCAUAAAUAUGCUGCAGCUCUGAACGUUUAAAAACCCUUUAAAAAAUUCAGUUGGAGGAGUUUAUGAAUAAAGUAUAAGAUUAUA